CGCAGUGCGAAAGCCCAAACUUUUUUUCUCUCUCUUGUAGCAAAUCUCAGAUAGGCUCUUCGCUCUCGAUCCGAUCACCUGAACCGCCAUUAACGGAACCUUCGACGGCCCCUGCAUCGGUGAGGUACUUAUUUCUUUAUUUAUAAGGGUUUAGAGAUAUGAACUGGGUUCAACGCAAGGUCUAUCUCUACAAUGUCACCUUUGGACUCUACAUGUUGGAUUGGUGGGAGCGUUACCUUUUCAAUACUUUGGUGAUUGUGUUGAUGUGGUUCAUCUUCUACAACAGCUCCCGAUAUGUAACUGACUUCUGCAAGAGGUAG